AUGCAGAUUCAAUCCAUUAUAAAAGGGCAUCGUGCUCUCGCACACUCCCAAAUUUCCCUAGUUUCAAUGUUUAAUAAAAGCUUCUUCACCUCCAUAGCCAUAGGGGUUUUGCUGGCCUUUUCUGGAUUGGCUUCGGCCGAUGAGACGACGCCAUCUGCCGUACUUACCCUCACAAAUGCAAAUUUCAAGGAAAUUGUCGACCCCGAGAAGCUAAUGCUCGUCGAAUUUUUUGCACCGUGGUGUGGUCAUUGCAAAGCUUUGGCACCUGAAUACGAAAAGGCGGCAAAUGUUUUGAUAAAGGAAAACAUCAAACUUGCAACCGUCGAUUGUACUGCAGAAACUGCCCUUUGUAACGAACAUGAAAUUAAAGGUUAUCCUACCCUCAAAGUGUUCCGAGAAGGUAACUCCACAGAAUACGGUGGUGGCAGGAGUGCCGAUCUUAUCGUCAGUUACAUGAAGAAACAAGCUUUACCGGCUGUGUCCGAUGUCACUGUUGAAACCCUCGACACCUUCAAGGAUUCAGAUGACAUAGUCAUUAUCGGCUUCUGGAAUUCCGAAAGUCAAAACGAGCAUGAUAUCUUUAACGGUGUCGCGGAGAAACUACGCAAUGACUAUCUUUUCGGACAAACGGGACAAGAUGAAGCUGCUGUCAAAGCUGGAGUUACUGCUCCGGCGGUAGUUCUCUACAAGAAAUUUGAUGAACUCAAGGAUGUAUUGGAAGGCACUUUUGAUGAAGAAAAGCUCACUGAUUUCAUUAAGAUAAAUUCCAUACCGUUAUUGGCAGAGAUCGGACCAGAAAACUAUGGAUCAUAUGUUGAUUCGGGUCUACCUUUGGCAUUCCUGUUUUAUGAAAAUGACGAACAACGCACUCGUCUUGGUAAAGUUCUCGAACCGAUUGCAAAAGAAUAUAAGGGUCAAGUAAACUUUGUUUACAUAGAUGGCAAUAAAUAUGGCGCGCACGCAGAAAAUAUUAAUUUAAAACAACAAUGGCCGGCCUUUGGAAUUCAGAAACCGGAUGAAGGCUUAAAAUAUCCAUUCGAUCAGACUAAGGAGAUCACCACUGAAGCUAUUUCCGAAUUUGUGUCCAAAUUUGUGAAAGGCGAAAUCGAACCAAGCAUCAAGUCUGAACCCAUUCCGGAAAAGAACGAUGGACCUGUAACUAUUGUGGUGGCCAAUACAUUCGAGGAAAUUGUUAAUGACAAAACCAAGGAUGUCUUUGUCGAAUUUUAUGCUCCAUGGUGUGGACAUUGUAAGAAGCUUGCUCCUAUUUGGGAAAAACUGGGUGAAACUUAUUCCAAGUUUAAAGAUAAGAUAGUGAUCGCGAAAAUGGAUUGUAACGAUAAUGACCUCCCGCCCGCAGCUACUUUUAAAAUUGGUGGUUUCCCUACGAUCAAGCUCUUCAAAGCCGGAGAUAAAGAAAUCGUUGAUUAUAAGGGUGAUCGAGCAUUGGAAAGCUUCAUCGAAUUCCUUAACGAGAAUGCAUCAGCGACAACCUCAGCUGAAUCCAAGCGUGAUGAACUAUAA